AUGCCUUACUCCAACCACUCUUCUUCUCAUAUGCAGAACAAGGUUUCUCAGAUCCUCUCGAUAAUUUCAGCGUACCGCUACCGCUCUGCCACUUUUCCUGAUCGCUUUUCCGAGUUCGCUCCGAAUCUCAAAAAGCAACUUAGUGAAGCUGUCUCGUGUGGGGAGACAGUACGGUUCAUUCUUCCAGCCUUUCCCUGCAAGUUCACUGCUAAGGGAGAGAAUCGGAAGACUCUGGGAUCCCUGCCAGACAAAGCGGAAGCGUUCGCUUUGCAAACCCUCGAUGGAUUCGCAGAUUCUAUUGCUGAGACCUACGCGGGUGGUGCCACGGUUGUAAUUGUCUCAGAUGAGUUAAGAGAAAAUCUGAAGAUUCCGGACGCCGAUGUUUUUGCCUACCACCAGGAAUUGAAGGCACUGGCCUUGUCACUUGGUCUCACCCAUCUAGAAUUCGUCCGUCUUGGCACUCUUACCAGCAGUGAUCUCGAAGAGUAUUUCGGUAACGCUUCCAAAACCUGCAACCUUCUCGAUGGUCCUCUGGCGCAGACGGUCGAUCUUGAAGAGAAUGAGAGACACGCCACCACGUCAAUGCCUCAUAUUAACGACACUGAGGCUUUCAAGCCUUCCAUAUUUAAGCAGAGAAAGUCAAUGAUCCGUCUGUCCAUCCACGAGUCCAACAAUGUUGGCAAAAUUACGCUUGACCUCUUCCCCCCUUCAACGAACCCCGACUUUCUCACUCCCUGGCACGGUGCCGUCGCGGUCCUCGCAGACGCAAGCGUGCGUAUUAUCGAUGCCUCCGCGGUUGAUAUGGCCAAGUUCGAGGUCAUCACCAACCAUGCGGGUCGCCCCUGGCUGCUUCGCGAGAAGUCUGAUCUCUUCGACUGGGGCGGCAUGGAACUAGAUUUCGAGCCUCUCUUCCCCUGCGGUAUGCUCAUCCGAGCCAGAGCCGGAUGCGGCCCCUAUAAGUUCGAGAAUGUCAACAUGAGUCGCGUGCGUCAACUCGCCCUGUCUACGGCCCCGCUUCUUCUGCGCGGCUUCACCAUGCAAGUUGAGAAGGAAGUAUUCCGCAAUAAGGCCCGCGAGCUAGGCAAUAUACAGACUUGGCCUUUCGGCGAUAUCCUCGAGGUCCGUGAGAACGCUAACCUCAGCGUUAUGAAUGUGCUCACUCGCGAAGCUAUGCCCUUCCACUAUGAUGGUUGUUUCAAGACCGUCGAGGACGAGAAGACAGGCGGUUGGAUUCCCACACCACCUCUCUUCCAGAUGUUCCGGAAUUAUGUCGCCUCCCAGACCAAGGGCGGAUUGACCCUCUUCGCUUCCUCCCGCAAUCUGAUCCCUCUCCUGGGCCCAGACACCGUCCCGCUCGAGGAGCUCCGGAGGCUAAAGUGGAAAACCUUCACCACUGAUAAAGAGGCAUUUGGCAGCACCCAACUGCUUAGGCCAUUCAUUACCCCCCACCCAGAGACUGGCGUCGACACCUUCCGCUUCCACGAGCCUUGGCCCGAGAGCAAGUGUGCGCCCGGAAGCGGCGUGAUUGUGCAUGUUAUGGUCCAGCCACAGGCCAAAGGCAACGCGAUCUCUCAGAGUCUUACCCGGCUCAUGUAUGACCGCCGGGUUGCCUACCGUCACCAUUGGAAGGAGGGGGAUUUCAUUUUCAACGACAACGCCAUGACACACCACACUCGCACGGCGUUUGAGAAUGGUCACCGCGAACACUGGCGUGUGCACGUCAACUAG